CACAUUUUCGCACUUUGUUAUCGUAAUUUGCUCUCGAAGGUUCAGGCUCAGAGAAUAUUGGGAGCGCGGCUGCCUCUAUCUUCGAGAUGCGCGUCAGGGGAUGCGGGUAGCCAAUCUGCUUGUGCCUGAAGACGCUCGUAAUUCACUUACUCCGUGUCUCUCGCUUCCCCACCGAGCUCUGUUCUGCUGACUCAGUGCCUUACAGUAGUCCUUUCUCUCGCCACCGACCAGAACUGCGACGCCCGCUCCGGUACUCAAGACUUCUGCACCACCGAUAAUCAUGGCUAAAACCGCAAUUGCGUACAAAGAGAAGAUGAAGGAGCUGUCUGUUCUCUCGCUCAUCUGCUCCUGCUUCUACCCGGAGUCUCGCAACACUCUGAUGGGCGAGUUCGAAGACAUGGAGGUCAAGCCCAUUAACAAGCGGGCCUCGGGCCAGGCCUUUGAGGUGAUCCUCAAGCCGCCCUCCCCCGUGUCCGACGCCGCCCACACCCUCACCUCGCCCCCCAAGAAGAGGGACGUCUCCCUGGAGGACAUCCAGAAGAAGCUGGAGGCAGCCGAGGACCGAAGGAGAUCCCAGGAGGCCCAGGUGCUCAAGGCCCUGGCGGAGAAGCGCGAGCACGAGCGGGACGUCCUACUCAAGGCCAUGGAGGAGAACAGCAACUUCAGCAAGAUGGCGGAGGAGAAGCUCACCAUGAAGAUGGAGCAGAUCAAGGAGAACCGCCAGGCCUACCUUGCCUCCAUCAUGGAGCGCCUGCAGGAGAAGGAGAAGCAUGCCAUGGAGGUGCGCAGGAACAAAGAGUUGAGAGAAGAGCUGUCAGCAUGAAGACGCCCCCUUGACCCCCACCCCAGCGUAUUGCAGACGAAGGACCGCCCACCCUACACUCUCAGCAUCAUCCAACGAAACGAAACACAAGAAUAAACCUGUCACACUCCUCUCCGAAGAAUGAUUUGCUCGA